GAAGUGGGAGGGGCUGAAUGCUGCAAGACCACGAGGUUGAAGAUGGCUGUCCAAUGGUCCUCUGAGCAUGAGAAGCAGGAUGCCUUGUUGCUGCUGUGUCGAGACCUCAUAUCCUGUGUCAACAAGAUCAUGGACCCCUCGUCCAUUCAGGCAGAGAGAGCAGAGUGUAGUCAGAAAGUGGAGCAGUUCAAAGAUGAGAGUCCGUACUGUUUGAGGUGUGGCUUCAUUCUGUCCGAGGAGCACGUCCCUGUCAUCAGGCACUUUGGAUUGCAACUCAUGGAGCAUUUUGUUAAGUAUCGAUGGAGGAGCUUGAGUCUGGAUGAUGGCAGAGAGUUCCAACUGAACCUGCUUCAGUUCCUCUCAAAUAAACUCCUUCCUUAUGAUCAAGAGCCCACUUUCGUUAAGGAGGCUCUGGCUAGGGUCACCGUGGAAACAGCCAAAAAGAUGUGGCCGCAGAGAUGGGAUUCGUUUAUCACUGACUUGGGGACUGUCUCAAAGUGUGGGUCCACCCAGGUGGAGCUGGUGUUGCUAAUAUUUCGUCGUCUGGCUGAGGACAUCCACGGGUACGAGUCUGGCAUGACCUCAGGGCGUAAGAGGGAGAUGGCAGCUGCCCUCAACCAGCAGUCUCAGACAGUCUUCACUUUUCUCAUUAGCAACUUAGAGUCUCCUCUGUCGGAGCCCCUUCGUCAAACUGCCCUGAGCACGAUAGUCAGCUUUGUGGAGUGGGUGGAGUUUCCCACCCUCCUGAUGGAGGACGCCAAGCUCAUUAAGCUCCUCUACAACCUCAUAGGGAUGGAGGAACUUAAGACUGUCGCCUGUGAGUGUCUACUGCCUAUCCUCUCCAGAAAAGGUGAUGUUCGCAAGACAGAGGGAGACAGGACCACGAUUCUCUCAUUGCUUCUCUCCACUGAAGCUCUCAAUGGAAUCAUGGCUGCUUCAAUACUGGCCAACUCGCAAGGUGUGGUGGAGGAGCAGUACGUGUUCCUGAAGAGGGUGUGUCAAGUCCUGGUCCACUUGGGCACCUCUCAGCUGGCACUGCUCUGGACAUACUCUCUGACAUUCAAGCCUCCGGAGGCUCUGGAACUGUACCUCCAGGUUGUGGCUGAGUUCACUAAGCACGACAGCCAGCUGCUGAGUCUGACGUCAGCUGAUGUGUGGAUCACGUUCCUCUCCCACAAUCACCUGAAGGACCACCCAGUGUUCAAGGACCACCUCACACACCUCCUCACAAUAGCCCGACAGAAACUGCUCAAGGUGGGUGACCCUGAUGUGUACGACCAUGUCAGUUCAGAGUAUUCCCGUCUGGACUUUGAUGGGGCGGAUGACUUUAUGCUCUUCUUUGCGACAUUUCGUGGUAAGAUGGUAAAGAUACUUAGUCAAGUGUCUCUUCUGAUUCCAAGAACAGCUGCUGUAGAAGCUCUCACCGUCACUGAGCAGAUGGUCCAGAAGAAACUUGAACCUGGGCAAGAGUGCAGUCGGAGUUCCAUGUUGUACAUAGAGUGGGAGGGUCUAGUCGCAUUCCUCGAGUGCUGGACUGGAACACUGAGAUCUAAUGCUGAGCUCCUGACCAUUCCUGAAGUGGUUGACAGUAGCCUUGCUGUGCUACGUCAUCUUCUCUCCUACGAAACUUCCCAUCCCUUGUUGCUCUUCCUGCAAUUCCGUUGUCUCCAGACCGGGUUGGUAGUCAUUGACAAGGAUCAGGCUGUAUUCGAGACGUUUGUGCAGAAGAUAUUCUCAUGCGUUGGAUUUUUGGGCAAGUGUACGGAUAAAUACCACCUCUCUCGGUACAUUGUGAACACACGCAACAUUAUCACCUCGUGCUUCGUCCGACUUUGUGAAGCCCAACCAUCUCUUCUGGCACCUCAUGUGGAGCGACUGUUUGCUGAUCAUUAUCAGACUCUACUCAAGAACGAUGUGCUUGUGUACGCUGAAAAAUGCAACUUCCUCGAGUCUUUCUAUAUACUGAGCCAAAGUGUCCACAAUCCCCAAGAGCAGUCCAUGUUUCUCGGUCAACUAUUGCAGGAACCAAAACAGCUGCUCUCAGAAAUGGAGAGUGCUGCUUCUUCCCCUCAAUCCCUCGUCUCGUACCUAUGCCUGAACAAGGAGCCAAGUGACCCCUCCUAUGAAAUCCUCCAUCGUUACAAGCUCUGCUUUGUAGUGCACAUUGUGACGCUGGUGUUGAAGAGGUCAACUCCCGGCCCAGCUGCAGACCAUCCCUCUUACUCUCAUGUGAUGCCCUUUGUAGCCAAAUUCAUUCUUCCUCUCCUUGGGUCCCUGUACCAGCUGUGGGCCAGUGACUCUCUCAAUCUAUUCUCUGCCUACUUUAAAACACUACCAGAACUACACCAAUUUGAAAAAGACACAAUUCUAGGUCGGACAAUGCUUCGUCGCCCAGAGACGGAGGACUAUGGAGAGCUGGGGAAUGUGAGGAUGAAUUUGGCAUCAGCUCAUGAAGGAUGUGUGUCCAGCCUCUCUCGUUGCUUUGGUGUGUAUGGGUUUAAGCACUUAUCGGAUAUUGGUCUGGUCCAACUCACUCUGCACACUAUGACUGGCAACAUUGAGCACCUCAACCUGCUCAGACUAAGAGUCCUCAUUCGUUUUUUGAUGAUUCCUCUGGUGAACAUUCUGAGUAAGUCUGACCAGGAUUGGAAAGCUGUCCUCUUUCCAUUAUUGUCACACAUUGGGACCUUAAUCUUCACAAAGCUUAAGACCUGCUGGGAGGUGAUAAUGCAUCGAAAAGCCACUGAUACAGCCACCGAAGCAACAGGUUCCUCUACUGUUGAGACAGCAGAGAUUCUUGAUGAGCAAGUCACUGUGCUUCUCUCUAGAGAGUAUUUCCACCUCCUAGACAUGAUCUGCGUUAAGCGCACAUAUGCUCCUAGCAAGUCAAAGGGCAAACAGAAUGAUGAGCAUGUGGCAAUGGGUGAAGAAAUGACAGAGAUGGCACCAGCACAAAACGAAGGGGGUUCUGAGCAAUGGUCGUCAGUGGAGAGUCUAAACCCCCUGGGAAAACAGCUGAUCCAGAUCCCUGAAAUGUGUGAACUCUUGUUUGUCUCAUCGUUCUGUGGACUGACCUGGAGUGACUCUCAGAGUGCCAACAAGUGUGUCAGCAUUGCAGGAGUUCUCUUUCAUGAGGCUCCAGGAAGUGCUUUUCCCAGUAAUGUGUACGAGCAGUUUUUCACUCAAGUUUUGUGGGCGCUCAAUAUGCAUGGUACUCAAGCUCACACUAAAGUGCAGCUCUCUUUGCUGGCUAUGAUGAUCUACGAGGCCACUGUCAAAUUGUGCCCCAAUCUGCAAGACAUCAUCACUCAAAUUCCCAACGUUAAAAAUGAAAAACUGCAGUCCUUCAACGCUAUGCUCAGUAAAGAUCCUCCCGCAUUGUUUAAAGUGAGGAAAGAAGCCUUCAGAGAGCUGAUUUCAGGCGCUGUUGGUAAACACAUUGGAGAAGUGUUUAAACGACCAGUAACUUUCGAUCUUCCGGAAAUGCAGUUUAAGAAACAAUCAAAACAGCCAAGGUCAGAGAUUGACAUACCUAAUUUAGCUGCUUUGUUUGGUGACGAAAACUAAUUAGUAUUGGUUAUUCUUUUUUUUUUGCAUCAUGUAUACAUGGUAUUGCAAUAAUAAUUAUGAAAAGAAA